GGCCUGCCGAGUCGUGUCUCUGUAGUAAUUACUCUCCGUACUACAUACGUAGCCAUGGUCGUGGGUCCUAUGGACCAUUCCGCUAGAGAUAAUAACCUACAGUCUGCGGGAGAAGAUCAUAUCAUCUAUACUUAUACGAGCUUACAUGUUUCCUUAGACACCUCGACAAAAACCGAGAACAAUACCGAAACACACAUGCUCAGCCACGUAAAAGUUUCGCGCCUACCAACAAGGGCAAACCCAUACAACUCUAUACAGUCCGAUGAAGAUCUACCUUUUAUCAAUCACCUCAUUAUCACUUUCCCAAAGUCUGUGCCCCCAAGAGCAAAAAGAAAACUCUGUCAAACUCUGCCAAACUCAAGUAGGUACACCAAACUACCCACACAUACCAUCGACAUGCCGAAAAAGGGUCCUGCCAUACACCCAACCUAUGCUCCCGCAUACUUCCAGAUUUCACCACCACCACCACCACCACUACACCACUACACCAAAAAGCCAAGCCCUCGCGGCCCGUCGUCUCGGCAAAAGACAACAGGUGGGUGGGUGUCCCUGCAUCUCCUCCAGACCGGGCACCGCUCAACCGAUUCAACUGGCUGGACUCGCCGCCUCUCUCUCUCUCUUCUGUUCGCCUUCCAAACUCUUACAUCUGAUCCCCAAUCCAUACAUCCCCCAUCCCUCGGCAAAAAAAAGCAAAAGCGUCAAGCGUCAAAGCAAAGCAUCCAAGGACGCGGCCCUGGUGCGUGGCGCGGCGCAGGGUCCCUUGGUUCGUCUCCUCAGCUGUAAGAUGUGAACCUACCACACCCCCCAAAAUAUCGUCUUUUGAUGUGCUUGUGGCUGCGUCAAGGGCAUGUGGUGAUGUUCAUAUCCUGCAAGGCCCGCGCAUACUUCACCAUGGCCACAGUAAGAAAGAACGGCAUUGACGCCAAAGUACCCAAAUGGAAAAACCACCCAAGAAAAGUAGAAAAGUGAAAAGAAUAGCAGAAAGAGAAAGGCACCAAAAUGUGCACCGCAGCGCCAAAGGACCACGACGCUAAUGCCGAACUCAGGUAAAUCAACAGGAGUAGUGGCCCGUUGAAAUUCACCUCACUUUUCUUUCUUGUUGAACGGAGGCCUCGCUAUAGUGUUCCUCAGAAAGCUUCACAUGCUCGAAAGCUUCACAUGCUCGAGGUAGG